CGUAAUUCCAGUUGUCCGGGUCACAGCAUUGCUUGAAGUUGCUUGAAUUUAGAAACCCUUUUUGAGUUAUUUUCCUGCUUUUAGUUUACAAGGGUUUGUGAUUCUCUCAAGACUUGGACAUGUCUCGUGUCGCACCUUUCUUCCUGCUGUUGCUAUUAACGAUGGGGAUACCUGCUGAAGCAAAGGAAAAAGAGGAUAGCUGUGUAACGAAACGUGGGAUAACCAGGGGAAUAGGUGGCGUUGUUGACUACAGCUCUCGUGUCGGGAAGGAGCAGAGAAUAGCAAUGGAAAUGGCUAUCCAGGAUUUCCAUCGCUCAAAUUGCUCGAAGCAGCUGAUUUUUCGUUUCAAAGACUCACAGGGAACCUCAGCUCGAGCGGCUUCUUCUGCAUUGGAGCUCGUUGGUAGUGAAAAAGUGCAAGCCAUAAUCGGAACAAUUAGACCACAAGAAGCAACUCUAGUAUCUGAGAUCCAAAAGGUCACCAGGGAUUUGCCUAUUAUAUCCCUAACUUCACCUGCCACAGCAACUACAUCAUUGCGCAACCAAUUGCCAUUUUUCCUCCAAAUGGCUAAUGACAUCAACGUCAACAUGCAAUGUAUCGCUGCCAUCGUCAACAACUUCCGGUGGCGAAAAGUGACUGCAAUUUACGAAGAUAACAAUGAUUUUUCUUCUGCUUCCGGACUCAUAACUCUGCUCUCUUAUUCACUUAGAGUUGUUGGUUCAGAGAUUGAACAUCAUGUAGCUUUCCCUCCUCUGUCAUCUCUCUCAGACCAAAAUGGUUCCAUAGAAGAAGAGCUAAGGAAGCUGAGGAGCAAGAGCAACAGGGUUUUCAUAGUAGUACAAUCAUCUUUACGGUUCGCUCUCUUGCUUUUUGAGAAGGCUAAGCAAAUGGCUAUGAUGGAGAAAGGCUAUGUAUGGAUUGUCACAGAUGAAAUCGCAAGCCUUCUUGAUUCUGUUGAUUCUUCAGCUCUUUAUAACAUGCAAGGUGUACUUGGUUUCAGAACCAAUUUUAACGACUCUAGCAAGUCUUUUAGACAGUUCAAAACAAAAUUUCGAAAGAACUAUGGGAUAAGAUACUCUGAAGAAGAAGAGUAUUCUAACCCAAGUAUUUUUGCCCUCCAAGCUUAUGAUGCAGCUCGAACAAUUGCUCAAGCCAUGGAGGACUUACAAGCAAAUUUUACAUCCAAAGAAUUAUUUAAACAAAUAUUAUCAAGUAACUUUGAAGGUUUAAGCGGAAGAGUGAGAUUCGAAAAUUCCACAUUAUUGGAACAUCGAACCUUUCAGAUCAUUAACGUGGUGGGUAAAAGCUACAGAGAGUUAGCAGUUUGGUCACCAGAGUUCGGAUUCACCGAAAACUCUCACAGAAAACCCAAACAUGAAGGAGAGAACUCUAGAUUUGGCAACAGUUUCGUGAAGGAAUUAGGCCCGAUUUAUUGGCCUGGCGGCUUACAAACUGUUCCCAAGGGAUGGACUUCAGGCGAAGAAGACAAGCCACUGAAAAUUGGGGUUCCUGCUAGGGGUGCCUUUAACCAGUUUGUGAAAGUGAGUUAUGAUCAAGACAAGAAUGGUUCAUAUGUCACAGGAUUUUCUGUAGAAGUGUUCGAAGCAGUUGUUAAGCGCCUUCCUUAUCAAUUGCCUUAUGUGUUUGUUCCAUUUUAUGGCUCAUAUGACGAUAUGGUGGAAGAAGUUCAUUACAAGGGAUUAGAUGCAGCAAUUGGAGAUACAGAAAUAAUGGCAUAUCGAUAUCAGUAUGCAGAGUUUUCACAGCCGUACGUUGAAUCUGGACUGAUUAUGGUAGUCACUGUGAAACCAGAUAAGUCAAAAGAACUAUGGAUGUUCAUGACGGCGUUUACAAGGAGAAUGUGGCUGAUAACUUUAGCAAUGCACAUUUUCAUAGGUUUUGUCAUUUGGCUUAUUGAACAUGGAGAGAAUCCCGAUCUCAAGAGGUUUGGGGCGGUGCUUUGGUUCUCUGUCACCAUCAUUUUCUUUGCGCAAAGAGAACCACUGCGGAGUAAUUUAUCUCGAUUUGUGCUGGCACCUUGGUUGUUUGCAAUUCUAAUCAUAACAGCGAGUUUCACUGCAAGUCUCACCUCCACGUUGACAAUCUCACGCCUCCAACCCUCUGUUUCAGAUAUUGAAACACUUCUGAGAACAAAUGCACCUGUUGGAUGUAAUGGGAAUUCAUUUAUUCUAAGGUAUUUAACCAAUGUCGUAGGUUUUAAGGCUGAGAACAUAAAGAAAAUCGAUUCCAUUAAUGACUAUCCGGAUGCCUUUAAGAAUGGAGAUAUCGAAGCAGCUUUCUUUGUUGUCCCUCAUGCAAAAGUCUUCCUCGCGAAGUAUUGUAAAGGGUACACCAUGACAGGACCUACCUUCAAGCUUGGUGGUUUUGGCUUUGUAUUUCCAAAAGGUUCUCCUUUGGCAUUUGACUUUUCGGAGGCGAUCCUCAAAGUAACAGAAAAUGGAGAAAUGCCACAACUGGAACAACACUUGCUCUCCUCUUACAACUGUUCUUCUACUGCCGGCAUAAGCGAGGGCUCAAGCUUAGGUCCUCGCCCAUUCGCUGGCCUAUUUUUACUUUCAGGUGGAGUCUCAGCCUUUGCUUUCCUACUCACUGCCGUGCGUUUGGGGAGAAGGCACAACCAUUUCAUACAGGCCAAGCUAAGCAGAACCCGAAGAUGGGUAUUCACAUUUCUCACCGCAUGUUGCCAACAUGUCACAUUUGGGUUCUUUCAGAGAAAUACCGGCUGUAUUUUGAUGACAUAGAACCAAGUUCCAUGAGUUUGAAAAAUGGAAAGGGUAGAGAGUAGAGACUUCUUAAACAUAUAGUUGUACAUAUCUCCCAUCUCUACGUGAUUGUAACUAUCUGAAAUAUUGAAUAUAUUAU